AUGUUCAUCGAUGACAUUGCUCUGCGUUUGGCAAGUGUCCACAGUGAAGAGGAGCAGAGGGUCGGCUACUUCGGGUCAGAAUUGAGCUAUGCUCCUCCUGAAAUACAUUACAACUUAUAUUACAACAACUUAUAUUACAACCAAAUAUGCCAAGUUCAAGUCACGCAACUUCUGGAAGAGAAACUCCAACAAGACAUCAUGAUCGUGUCCCCCACACACACAGCAGAUCAGCUAGUCCCGCUCCUGCUGCUGAUGGACAUUGGCAGAAAGAAUGCCGCAAUUGUAAUGUUCGACCUGUUAUCUGCAAAACUAUCAUCUGAUAUUAUCUAUCCUCUUGAUUUAUAUUUAGUGAUACAGAAGCAUCCCAAUGAUUUUAACAAUGUGGAAAUCGAUGAGAGUAUUAAAGAAGAUGGAGACUUAAGCUUGAUGGUCUACAGGAGCGUUGAAGGCCCAAAAGGUGUCAAAGAGAUUCUAUCCUGGGACUCUAGCAGACAAGACCAAUUUACCAAGGACGAAGCAUUCCACGACAUUUUCAAGAUUCUAAAGAUGCAGCUCCCAGGCGGAAAACAUGAUCUCACAGUCCAAGAUCCUAUUGCAGAACUUCGAUAUUACGCUGCUAGGGAGAACUACAGUCUGCAGUGGCUUUACAACAGCAAGAGUUCCUCUAAGAAACAUGAAGUUAUUCUUAGUGAAUCCAUAACUGGUUCAGGUGAAUCUAGUACCAAAGCAUGUUAUCAAGCAAGAGGAAAACUGCAACAUAAGGUGAAUAAGACGUUCAAAUUCUAUAGGGAGAGAUAUCUUGAAGAGAUUCAGGCCCAAAACCCCAAGAUGUCUGAGGGAGAAUCGUUCGACAUCUGGGUAACCAAUUUGGAGAUCUUGCAAAAGAAAGGCACAGAGUAA